AAGGGGCUGCCGGGGCUGGUGGCCGGUGAGCGCCGCGAUCACCUCAGCCCUCCCUGCCCCCAUUCGAGGAGGGCAGCAAACUUGAGACGCGCGGUGGCCCCCGAGGCGCUUGGCUCCCCUCCGCUGCGGAGCGCACUCGGGGGCUGCUCCGGGCUCACCGUCCCACGACCCGCCUGGCUCGGGUCUGCGGAGGCGCCUUGAGACCCUGAGGUCCCCGCGCCCGCACCAACUUUCCAAACCCAGCUGCACCCGGAGGCGGGGGCGCCGCUCCCUGCUUCCUGCUCCCAGCCCUGGCCCGGCCUCCGCACCCAGACCGCUGCGAUGAGCUGGGCCCCUGUGGGGCCGGAGCCGCCGGAUGGUGCAGAGCCCACCACGGAAAGCCGGAACAACCCUCCCGCUCUUCUCUGGGUAGGACCCGGGGAUCAGCCCCUCCCAGGCUCCAGGGACCCAGUGCUGGCUUUCGCGGUAACAGCCCAGAGUAACCCUAGCUGGGAUGCUGGGCGUUAAAAGGCCAGGCUGCCUGAGGAAGGUAAGACCCGGGGGUCGUCCUGGAGUGGCACCUUGGCCUGAUUUCAGGUGUGCCCCUCCCCCACCCCGGGCCUGCCCUUUCACAGGACUGCCUUCCUCAGCUCUGGGGCCGGCUUCCUCUUGGUGGACUUAAAACUGCUCUUCGGCAGCGGACUCCCUAGGAAGGGCCACUCCUAGGGUCCAGGUGCCCGAAGACGGGCUUGGGCCAUUGACAGGGAGCUGGAGGCUGGGGCAGGGGAGGUGGCUGUCCAGUCAAGGACAGAAAUUCAGUCCAGCAUCUUCUGGAGGGGUGGGAGGAGCUGGGGGCAGGCUUGGGCGCAGGAGUCAGGCACCCUGGCUGGGAGGAAGCUGCUUUGACCAGCACAGGGACGUCAGAGGCAAGCAGGUUGGGACGAGUGGGCCAGGUGUCUACCUCCAGAGGUUCCUCAGCCCCUUGCGGUGGGGCCUGCUGUCUCAGGCAGAGACCUUACCUGGGCAGGCAGUUCCCAGGCUCCUGUCCUCAGCAGUGGGGACACUUCCAGGCAUCAUGAUGACCCUGUUUCUUUUUCAAAGUGCUUUCACCGUCAUGACUCACACAUCACAUUCACCAGGGAGGUAUCAGGCUUCCAACCUAUUCAAUUCCCCUCCCUACCGGGUCUUUAGGGAGCUGCUGGGGAAAGGAAUGGGUGGAUUUGCCCUUGAGCCUUGAACCCCUGCAGGAGGCCAGGAGCCUGGCAUGGCACCUUUGAUUUUCCUGUUGCCAGUCCCUCAUCCUGGCGGUGAGCAGCCCUAGGCCAGGAUGCUUCACAGUGAUGGGGUGGGGAGGGGAGGGGCACCAGGGAGAGCAAGUCUCUGCUAAUCAUCCCCCAAACUCUGCUGGGUCUUCAAAAUCAUGGCCAGGUGCCACCCCCAGCCCCCUUCACUCAACACCCGGCUUCCCCAUCUCAAAGCAGAAACACAUUUUCCCUAAAAUCCAAAUCUCCCUCUUUGCUGAGUAGUUGCAAUGCUUUUGGCCAGGGGUUUCCUCCCCAACAUCCAAAGUCAAGCUUCCCUCUGUCCUGGCCCCUGAGCCAUCUCUGUGAGUCACAGGCCCCUGCUGGGAGAGGGAUGUAUCCCCCUGACCACUCUUUCCCCAACCCUUGCCGACAGGGCCCUAGCUCCUGGGCAAGGGUGGUGCUGACGGCACUGAUAGAGGGGUGUGUGUCAGGCCGCAUCGGAGGAGGAGUACCUCUGUGUUCCACUGAGUCUGCAGGAGGGGCUCAAGUGCCAGGCCCUCCCUGGGGGCCAGGUUCAUGCCCUACUAGAUUCCCCUUGCCUACCCCUCUGUCUCCCUCCCUUGCCCGCUGUGGAUCUCUCUUUACUUUCCCAACUCCACUCUGCAUUGGUGUGGGGAGGGAGCAUUUGAUAUUCAUAAUCUGGUUCAGAGAAGGUCCUGAAGCCCUGAGUCACUGUAUGGUUUCCAUGGAAACAGACUUGUUCAGAGGACUUGGUGUAGCGGCUGUGGUGGGGGAGAAGGGAAACAUAUAGUAAAACCAGGCUCCACAAGUGUGGCGGGACUUGGACCAACUCCAUUCAGUGGGGACUGUGAGGGGUGGGCAAGGCUCUGGCCUCCCUGUCGGAGGGGCUGUCUCUCCCCACCCACUGGGGUCCUGCCAUUGGAUGCCGCUCAGCUGCUGCUGUGACUCUUGGCAGGCUGCUGCUUCUCCCACGGACCUUCUGACUAGGUGCCCGGGCUCAUGGCUACCUCUCCCUGCCUCAGUUUUCCCCUCUGUAAAUGGAGAAAAUAACACCGACCUGAUAGCAUUGUUGUGAAGGUCAAAUGCAGUAAUAUAUGAGACACACUUAGAAUGGUGCCAUAGUAAGUGUUCCAAAGCAUCAUUCCUAGGAAUUAAGUCAGGACAUUGGAAGAAACUCCCCAAGCAUGCUCACCUAGAUCCUUACCCUAGGUCCCAGCAGGUGGUCCUGACAUCUUGCUGGGCUGGCCUCCUGCUUUGAAACAGCCUCUCCCCAGCGGCCCCGGCACACCCCCCGCUGGGAAGCAGCCAGCCAUUUUUUUCUACGGAGCAUUUGUUUCAGGUUCCUGAGGGCCUGGCACAGUGCUAGGCAGCCCUGGCUUUUGUUCAGACCCUACCUGUCUAGGAGCCUUGUGGGAGUAAAUCCAGAUGGACAGGCAGCUUCCUGCCUCAGCCUUCCCGCUAAAGGGAGGGGUCAGCCCUGGAGCCCCUAGGGGUUGAGGCAGAUGGAGAGGAGCAGAAGAGGUCCAGGCAGAGAUGGUGGCCCUCUGUGACAGAGUGAAGGGGUUGGGGUGGGGCAGGCCACUGUCCCUGAUCCUAGAGAGGCUGGUUCAUCUGGCUGGAGAAGCAUCUAUCUCCCUCUUGAUCAGCCAGAGAGAGACAGGGAGCUCUUCAGAAAGGUAACAGAUCCUGCACACUCUCCUAACCCCAAGUUAGAACCUCUAGCGCUCAAUUGUUCCCAGCAUGCCCUGAGAGUCUGGACAGGCUUGGGGCUCCAGCCUGAGCAGCUGCUGAUCUGUUAUUGUCCUGCCUGCUGGGGCAGGGUGAGGGGCUCCCCGCCCCAGUGCCUGCCUCAGCAGCACUGAGGAGUGCAGCUAGGGGAGAUUCUGAGUGCCACUGAUGCCUUAGCCGGUCUGCCUUACCGGCCCUUCUCUCUCACUGCAGCCCUCCCCUCCAUGGCCCUCAGGUUCCCUGCUCCUUGGCAGGGCUCCCUCCUCCCCUCCUGUAAGAUGGGCUUCAGCUCCAGGCUCCUUAAAGACAUCCCAUGCCCAUCACAAGCAGCUGUCAGAGCUGCAAAGCCUGCUCUUUAGCUGCCGACCCUUCUAUUUCACAGAUGGGAAAACAGAUUUCUGGGGUUUGCUUGUAUGGCCAGAGCCCAAGCUAGUCGUAGCCUCUCUCAGCUACACACCAGCCCUGGGGAUGCCCUUCCCUUCUUGCUGGCUCUCCAAGCAGCCCCAGCUGCUGCCGGCACCCCCAUGGACACCCCUUGCCAGCUCUCCGGUUCCUGCCAAGGUUCUACCCCUGGCAGAUCUCUCUGGACUGUUUUGCUGUCCUCAUUGGUGUUCACAACACCUUCCAAUUUAAUAUCCUCUGCAAAUUUCAUUAACGGACUGUUUACUCCCUCUCUCAGGAUCAUUAAUGAAGAUGUUAGAUAAGAUCUGACCCAAUGCUGAGGCUUGGCAGCCCUGCCCCCACUCCCAGACUUGCGGCCCUCCAGCCCCUUCCUCUGGGCUUGCCUUCUCCACCCGGGGCCCUUGGGACCUACCCCCUCCUGCUAUUAUGCCCCAUGACAAGUGCUUAGGGCCAAGUCUGUUUGAAUUAAUUUUGUAAGAUUACUCGAGGAGCUGUAUCAAAUGCUUUGCUAAAAAUCAAGAUAUAUUACCCUGCCUGCGUUUCCUUCAUCUACCCGUCUUGUAAUUCUAUCAAGAAAGCUAUCAAGUUUGUCAGGCAUGAUUUGUUCUUUAUAAAUCCCCACGGUGCCGCAUGGAGGCACAGGGUUCCCGCGUUUUCUAAAUGUUUAGAGAUUCCCUCUUUGUGUUUGCUCCUUGAUUAGAGCUGGAAGGCGGUGGGCUGGGAAUUGUCAGGAAUGCUGUCUCCUUCUCAGGGAUGGGGAAGAAGGCGUGGCUUCUUUUCUCCCAAGUUUCUGCCAGUGUCAGUGAGUUGUUUAGGACUCACUGAGUCCCUGCAGUGUGUGGGGGGCCCCAAGCUGGGCACUUGGGGAGGAGGGAUAGGAUAGAGCUAGGGGAGGAGAUGGAGGGGGGCUGGUGCUGUCCUUCAAGGAUUCUGCAGGGCAGGUGAAACAGACAGACAAGCCUGCUGCAGACAUUCUGAAGGUACCACUGAUUGAGAGAUUACUGUGUGCCAGUCACUAUGCUAACAGCUUUAUAUGCCAGAUGCCAUUUAAGCCCCUCUCCUGCCCUGGGAGAGGAGUGUGACCUCCCUUCACCUGAGUACCUGAGAAUCAGAAAGUGUUAAGGCUGCCCAGGACUCAAGGUCUGGGUUUCACCCUCUGUUUAUGCUGUUAUGCUGCUCCUAGCCAUUUAAGACACACAAAAAGGGUCAACAAAGCUGAAUGGAGUAAUUUGGACAUUUUAGGAGGUCAGAGUGGGGAUGGAAGGGAAGCCUGUAGGGAAAGCUUUGGAGAGGUGAGGACCUCACUCGCAUAUGAACCUCACAUACAAACCCCACAGCCUGAAAUCCGUUCGUUCUCUUCCUGCCACUUCUGAGUUGCAUGAACAAAUCUCUUAACCUCUCUGAGCCUCAGUCCCUCACCUGUGAAAUUGAUUCAGCUGUAGUUCUUACCCCUAGGCAUGUGGAGAGGAUUCAAUGAGGUGAGGCGUGAAAGGGUCAUACCAUGGUGCUAGGCCGCCACUGUAUAUGAGCAGCCGCCAUUGUGUUCUACAAUGGAGGUCCCUGUUGAUGGCAGGCAGAGACACUCAUCUGGUUGGCCAUAUGCCCGGUGGAUGGAGCUGUGGCCCCUCCUAAUGCUCUUCACCCAGCAGAAGAGGGGUGACAGGGUGAGUCUCACUGGCAUCCUGGCCCAGGGGCAUCCUUGGGACCAGCUGUGGGCUGGUGAUAAGCUUUGGGCUUAGAGCAGGGAAGCCUCAACUGGGCAGAGAGCCCAAACCCGAUGCCCCAUUCCAGACUGUUUCAGGCCAGAUGGUAAUAAAGACAUUCUUUAGUGUCUUUUUGGUGGCAUAGGAUUUGGGCAUUCCUGGGCUCCCUGGUCAUAAAACCACUCAAAGUUCUCACUGCUUGGCUAGCCCAGACCCGGAGUCACUGCGUGGGGAGCACAGUGUGUUUGGACUUCUGCCCAUCAGGUGCAGCAGUCCCAUGUCCACACCCACUUGGGAUCAUUUUCAUUCUUGUCAUUCAGCUGGGGAGGGAAAACCCUCUGGGAAGCGGUGAGAUGGCACACACCUAUUGGUAUGCCAGGGGAACCAACCAGGAAGGGCAGCAUUGGCAGCCCUCAAGCCCCACCAGUGGAUGCCCUAGGGACCUGACCCUGGGGGAUGGCCAGUAGGUAUCAGAUGCACCAAUAUCUGGGUCGGGGGUGAAUGCUGUGAUCGAGAUCGGCACCAAUGUGUCCUGGGACCCCGGUGGCAACCUUGGCCCCGGUGCUCCCUCUCCCUCCCUCUAGCUGGGUGAUGCUCUUGGGUGUGGCCUGGGGGUUCCAGCUCUGUGAUUAGGGCCAGGGCUUGGGAUUCUUUAGAGCCGAGUCUGAAUCCUAGCGCCACCACAGACUAGCUGUGCGUGCUUGAACAAGUUCCCACACUUGCUGAGCCUCGCUGCUCCUUGUCUGUGAAAGGUGGCAGUAGCCCCUGGCCUGUGGGAUGCAUCCCCUGACAGAAGCCAGGUCUGUGAUCAUCUCUGAGUGUCCACGUCGGCAGCCUCCUCCAUCCCAUGUGACAGUCUCAAGGCUCUGGGUCCUAUUCAUUCUCCACCCGCAGUCCUCGUCCCCACGGGGCCAGCCAGGCUUAAUGUGCAGGUGGCCCAGGCUGGAGACUCCUGGAUCCAGAGACAGGCGGGCCCCUCUCCCAGCCUGGCCGGCAGCAGCUGCCUGAGUUCCAGCUCCUGUUGAUGUUUCCCAUCCUUGAAGCUGGGAGGAUGGGCCGGAGCCCCGGUGUCCAGGGGGUGGGGCCUCGGUACUAUUCCAACUCUGGCUGUGGCUUCUCGGUGGGGCGGGGGACAGGAAACCGGGGCUUUUCCGCCCAGUGUCGGGGCUGUAGAGUCCCGCCUACCGCAGGCCAGGCUGUACCAGGACUGGCCUGAGACAGGGAACCGGGACCUUCUGACUCAUCCCUCCCCAAGAGGAGCUGGGCACACUGGGGCCUUGUGUUGUGGCCAGGAGGUCAGUCACUCUCCCCAGUGCUGGGGAAAACUUUCCCCUCAGGUCGGGCCUGGGACCACCCCCCUCCUACUCCCACCCUCCACGGCAGGAUGUGAGGUGCCUUCCUUACCCCAGACAAGGUCUCUGCAGCCACAACAGUCAGGGUCUCCAACCACGCAGGCUGCUGGCGCUUCAGUGGAGCAGGCUAUGGCAUGUGUUUUAACUUUUAAAAACAUUUCCAGGCCAAUGGUGCCCCUUUGUGCAUUUAGUAGUCCAUAAAAAUCAUGGUCAUGGCUCUUAAUAAGCAUUUGCUCUGUGCCUAGCACUGUGUUAAGCUGUGGGCAUCCAUCGGCCUUCUGUCUCACUGCCCAAAUAUUAGAAAGAUUCUGUGAUUGUUUCUCCCAUUUCCUACAUAAGGACAAGUGAGGCCUAUAGAGGUGAAGAGCCUCACGCAAGGCCUCAUAGCUAUAAGGCAACAGCAGUUGGAUUCAAAUCCAGGCCUCUGUGGCCCCACAGCUGGGGUGCCUAACUACUCCUCCGACUGCCUCCCUGAAUGCUUGUGGGUACCUUCUCCAGGAGGCUUGAGACAUCCAUGGGUAUCAUGUGGACAUUGGAGUGCUCUGCCCUGGAGACACCAGAGCUCAUAAGAGGCAGCUGGGCAGCCCUGCUGAUGGUGAAAAAUCGGUAGACCAAUUGCUCUCCAGGUGCUUGUCUUGGAAACCAUGACUGUGAGAGCUUGUCCCUACUGGAGGUGCUCAGAAAAUGUAGUGGUUCUGCCUGUGGGGCCCAGGGAUUCUAGGGAUUGUUCGCAAGUACCAUGUUUGUGGUGGUCCAGGUUCUGGAGAGAGGGUCCAUAGACCUCACAGUGUUUCAAGUUGAGGUGGGCAUGACCCCAAAGAGAAGGGGUCCCCUGGGCUGACCUAGACCACAGAGGCCGAGUCUGGACCCCAGCAGCUCACCCCCCUGGAAGGUUGCACUGGUUGGAUUGUGUGUUGGCAUACUGCCCACAUGGAAAGAUGCUCUAGGACACUGUCCCAUGAAACUCCUCUUUGGAUUUCUUAGGUACAAAGUCUUGAGGACGAGUUCAUGGUGACACACGCACGGAGCUCUGUAAGAGCUCCCUUGGGAGAAAUCUUGCACUGGAUUCAGUGUCAGGAAUAGCUGGACAUCUCUUGAGUGGAUGCUUUAAUCUUUAUCUCAGGGGUCCUGUGAAACAAGUAAAUGAAAUAUUUCCCUUUUCCUAUUGGCUAGCUCAGUAGCCCACACAUGGUGUGACUCUUGUACACUGACUUGGCCUCUGGUUGUUUCAGACUCUUAAACCCUUGUUUUCCCCUUGCCUCGCCUCAUUUUCAUCACCUCAUUUUCCUUAGGAAGAAAAACACCUUGCUGUUUUAUGCAUUUUAGACUUAACUAAACAAACAUUCAUGGGGGAUUAGUGCUGGCUACGUCAGAGCCAGGGAGUAAGCAUUUCCCCUCUGCAGUCUCCAUCCUAGAGGCCUGUUUGCCAGCUACUCCCUCCCUGUCCCAUUCCCUUGUCCCUUGCUCCAGUUCUUGGGACCCCAGAGCCUUGGGACCCCAUUCAUCAUGGCUCCUGAGUUUAUCCGGAAAGACGAUGUUCAGGUUCUUGCCCUGCCCUCACUGUGCUGCUUCUUCAUCCCCCAGGGCUUCACAGUAGUUUUUUAGGGAGAAAUGUCUGGGAGAAGAGUCAUUUCCCCAUCCCAGGGCUCAGCUGCUCCCAUAGCCACAGGCCCCCUCUGAAAUCCAGCUUUAUUUCAGCUCCGUCCCUGUAUCUCAGCAGUCCCCAGCUGCCUACUGUCCUUAGUGGCCCACCUGAGCAGACAAAGCCCAUUUCUGGCGGAAAAGUAGUGCCUUUGACCCUGGUGCCUUGGAAAUGGGGGUGGGGAGAGCUGGCUGGCAGUGCCUGGGGGGGAGGGUGGGAGGCACAGUGAGAUGCCAGGGCUGAUUUUCAGUACCGCACCCUGUCAUCAAUCACCCCUCUACUUCCUACAUGGAGUGGCUUCACUGUGUCCCCCAAAAUUAAUAAACUCAAACUGAAUCAAAAAGCUCAGUGUAAACGGUGUCUCCUCCCACCCUAGUCUCCUCGAGGCCCCCUCCCUCUGGGACAUCUCCCGUUACUAGCUCAGAGCAAGCUCUUUCAGUGAUUGUUUAUGCAUAUAUACAAAUAUACAUGUCCACCUCCUUAAAUCUGAAAAGGUGGUGUACUAUUACACACAUGUUUUCUGGCUCUAGCUUUUGAAACUUAUAUAUGCUGGGUGACUGUUUCUAUCAGUAUGUUCAUGUCUGAGGAGGCUUCUCUGAUAUAGUCGGUUGGAAAGACAAUUCCCUGGACAUGUUAAUAAUGAAGGGGUUAAGCUUCUAGGAAAGGGUGGGGUGCCCAAGCGUGGGCUUUCAGAGGUUCGGGAAACUUCUCAAUUGUGUGUGUAAAAUUGUGGGCACUAAUGGCAUUUCUAAGGGGAGGGAUUGUGGUUCGAAGGGUCUGUGGCCCAGAAAAGGUGAAACAAGGCCUCAGCCCUGGGUUUCAUGGGAUUUCUGUACAGCAAGAGGUGGGGGCUAACUUGGCAGAAGGCAGCACCGCUAGGUUCUAGGGCCGCCACCCCCUGGCGCUGCCACAGAUCAGGCCGAGGUGGGGGACAGAAAUGCCCAGCCCUAGAAUCCUCCUGGAAGAUGACUGGGUUUUUCCCACUCCCAAUGGAGGGUCCCCCUGUCUGCUGUGUGGGUGGCCCCAACUGUCCCUGAGAAUGAAGUCUGGGGCCUUCCUGGGAUUAUAGAGAACACCAGGGUUAGAACUGGGAGGCCCUUCAGUCAUCACUGGAUCUAUGGUGUAACCGAGGCACAGAGAGGCCAGGGGGUGAGUCCAAGGUCACCCAUCCAGAGGCCAUGUGGGCCAGUCCUGCCUGUGACAUUCAGGUCUGUGCUCCUUCCCUGCCAGAGCACCAUGAGAUGAGCGGGAGAGGCCCUGGGAGAAGGCGAGGCUGCCUGUUGCCGCUGGGCUCUCCUGGUGCGGCUAGGGUGGGGGCACACGGAGCAGAGGCCGCAGCCCGGGUGGGCGUGCCAUCCUCACACCUCACUGCAUCUUGCAACAUCACCUCCCGCUGGCUGCAUCCUCACAUCAGGUUGUAGCCAACAGCCCCAGAAUUCUGAAUACAGCAGCGACGACGGGACUACGAGGCUGCACCGCAGGAUGUGGUCACUAGAGGGCAGCAGGAAAGCCACUGCGGUGGCUCAGCAGGAAGAAGUUCCCAGGCCGGGAGAGGAGCUGCAGGAAGAAGGGGCGGUGGGCAGAGCCAGACCCCGUGGGCUGCAGGAUGAUUUGUUCUAGGCCCUUUCCUGAGACAAAAAGCAAACCAGACAUUUAGUGAUGAUGAUAUUAAUUGACAUUUAGUGAGUGCUUACGCUGCGCCAGGCACUGUACUCACUAAUUAGUCCUCACAACAGCCUUGUUAUAAUUAUCCCCAUUUUUGCAUGUGCGAACAUAGAGGUCCAGAGAGGUGAAGAAAGCUAGCCAAGAUCUCUCAGCCAGUAAGUGGCUGAGCUGGGAUCAGCAGGGCUGGUGUCAGAGGCUGGGUUGGGUCUAUAUGCCUGGCAUUGACUAAAUGCUUUAAGACCUUCAAUUCUUACCAGCACUACUGUAGCUAUGCCCACUUUAUGGAUGGGGAAACUGAGGCUCAGGGACAGCUGGUGAAUCACCCACACCCACACACCUGCUGAGUGACAGAUCCAGGUAGGCAUGGUUCAGGGGGUGAGCUCUUACUGUGAAUUACAGUUUUCCAAUAUAGAGCUGUUCACUGCUCCCAGUCUGUGCCCUCAUCUCAAGUUCACUGAUAAUGAAAUCUGAGCUUUCUCCUGGGAGUGAAAGCUCACCAACUUGCCUGCUUUCUAACAGAAAUGAUAGAUCGUGGUCUCCUGUGUCCAAGGUUUGCUUGGAUUUUUACUAAGCAGAGGUAGAGGGAGGCCAGGCCAGAGGUUGCUAGAAGCCUAGGGAUGGGCUCUGGGGGCCACAGUCUGGCUUGGAGGAUGAGGGCAUUGAGGAGUCUUUUGUAGUGGCUAAGGCUUCCUUGGGAACAACAGGACCUGGCCCCAGGGCCUCUGGUUUCCAGGGCAGAUGCCUUUAGCAUACCAAGGACACUUGGCCAGCCCCAGGCCCAGCUCUGCCAGGCUGGGAGAGCGGGGGAAUUUCCAGGAGGGCUGGACUUCCCCCCAUCUUCCCGUUCCCAUUCCCUGGCUUUGCCCUCCCCGGGGGUACAAGGGAAUGGCCUGUGGCUGGGCCUUCAAACACAUGCCCCUCCUCGGUGUCCAGGCCGCACCUUGUGAGGCCGAGUCUCGCCGUCUUAGGGAUUUAUAACAUCCAGCUGCUUCAGUGACUUCUGAUAUAUUAGCAAAGCAGCAGCUUCCAGUCCUGGCCUUAAGUUUCUCUGGGUGGAUGAAGAGUUGGGGGAAGAAACUUAAACGGCCCCCUCCCCAGCAAGAUGGCAAGAUGUUCCUCUUUAAAUAAAACCCUAGGGUGAGUUCUGCUUUUGGAAUUGGAACCCCAGAAUUAAGUGAAGACUCCUUAAGGAUUCUGUUUCCUGUCUUGAUGAGGACCAAGGAGGGUGUAAUAUGAGUGGAAUUAGGGAAAAGGAUUUGAACGUGGACUUCCUAGCACGUUGCCUGGGCUGGAAUCCUGGCUCCUUAUUAUGGGUGUGAGCUUGGGGAAGUUAUCUAACCUUGAAGGGCCUCAGCUUCCUUAUCUGUAAAACGGGGUUGUGACAGUAUCAACUUCAUAGAGCUGGCAUGAGGGUGCGAUGAGCUGAUGGCUGUGAAAGAAGCAUGUGCCUGGGAGGAACAUUGUGAAUGCCCAGCAAGUGCUUGCCUUCCUUGGUAUUAUUUGACCCAUAGCAUCUAGAACAGUGCCUGGCACAUACAGGAGUUCUGAUAGAUGUCUGUGAAUAAAUACAAAGGAAGCGUAUCCAAAUGAAAUGAUGCUGCAGCCAAAGAACAGACUCCUAAAUGACUUAAAAAUAUGACCUGGCACUAUUAUUGAUGACAUUCCCUGUCUGUUUCUUGAAAGCCAUUCACAUUCACCAUGGGGCACUGGGGCAGAGCAGGCCUGCACUUGCAGGGGAGUCAGGUUUAAAGUAGAGGGGCCUUUCUCCCUGGAUACCUGGCCCAGCCCCAUGAUGGAGGCCAGCAUCCUCUGCCACUAUGGGAUGAGGUCGGGGUGGGAUGCAGUGUGGUCGGGAUUGUGGUUUUUCUCUGAUCACGUUGAGAAGUUCCUAAGACUCUAAACUGCCCCUUUCCCUCUUGACUGCUACUUGGUGAUCUGGUACUGAUUCCUAAAGAAGUGAAAUUUCAUAUUUAAAACACGACUUGAUUUCUCCAUCUGAACAGUGGGAGUGAGGACCCUGACCUCCGAGAGUGCUUAUAGGGAAUAACACAGUGCUAGAAGUUGGGUGAGCUGAGCCAGGCAGAACUGCAGGUUUGGGAAAAGAGGACCCACUCACCCGCUCCCAAAGGAGUCAUGUCAAAUAGUGGGGUGUGGGAAGAAUCUUCACAAAGCACGUGAGUUCACCCUAUCAGCUGUGAACCAACAGAUCCACAGGACCAGACAGCAAAGGGGAGGAACAUGCUCUAAGUCUCAGAAGCAUCUGCCUGCCCAGUCCCCGUCAUGCUGAUUCACAAAUGGGCUGGGGCCAGUAAUGGCAUGCAUGUUUGCAGGCCAAAUAUGUUUAAGCUGGAGGAACAGGAAGCCAAAUCUCCUUAGAGGGAAAGAGCUGGACUCUGGGGAACCUACCAGAUGGGGGUUAAAGCAGGCCUGUGAGCUCAGGCCGGUUCCUCUACCUCUGUGCCUUGGCUUUCUCGCCUGUGAAGUGGGCAGAUAUUGGCUUCCACAUCUGGUUCUUGCUAGAAGGACACGAGCUGAUGCAGGGAAGGGGCUUGGCGCAAAAAUGUUAACUGAGAUAAUGUGGCGAUCUUGGUGUUUUAAUUCAGACUCUAUGAGGUGCAUCAAGGUCAGGAAUGCUCCCUGGUCCACUUUCGCUUUGAGUUUCAGGUAGCUGGUGUCACUUCGGUGUGGUUGGAAGAAGACUUUCUCCCCAGCUGCAUUCCCGGAGGCGCCCUUUCGACCUGGAGGCCGGGUCUGCUGGCCACAGGGCUGCCGCACUGGCUGGGACUGCCAGCUGGGCCUGGAGACGCUGGUGGCUGUGGACUCCCCAGCUUGGAGCAGUCCCUCUUUGACCUCACCCCGUGGAGAAGCAGCCCCAUGAAGGUGCCCAGCCAUGCAAUGUUCCUGGAAGGCCGUCCUCCUCCUUGCCCUGGCCUCCAUUGCCAUCCAGUACACGGCCAUCCGCACCUUCACCGCCAAGUCCUUUCACACCUGCCCCGGGCUGGCAGAGGCCGGGCUGGCCGAGCGACUGUGCGAGGAGAGCCCCACCUUCGCCUACAACCUCUCCCGCAAGACCCACAUCCUCAUCCUGGCCACCACGCGCAGCGGCUCCUCCUUCGUGGGCCAGCUCUUCAACCAGCACCUGGACGUCUUCUACCUGUUUGAGCCCCUCUACCACGUCCAGAACACGCUCAUCCCCCGCUUCACCCAGGGCAAGAGCCCGGCCGACCGGCGGGUCAUGCUGGGCGCCAGCCGCGACCUCCUGCGGAGCCUCUACGACUGCGACCUCUACUUCCUGGAGAACUACAUCAAGCCGCCGCCGGUCAACCACACCACCGACAGGAUCUUCCGCCGCGGGGCCAGCCGGGUCCUCUGCUCCCGGCCUGUGUGCGACCCUCCGGGGCCAGCCGACCUGGUCCUGGAGGAGGGGGACUGUGUGCGCAAGUGCGGGCUACUCAACCUGACCGUGGCGGCCGAGGCGUGCCGCGAGCGCAGCCACGUGGCCAUCAAGACGGUGCGCGUGCCCGAGGUGAACGACCUGCGCGCCCUGGUGGAAGACCCGCGAUUAAACCUCAAGGUCAUCCAGCUGGUCCGAGACCCCCGCGGCAUUCUGGCUUCUCGCAGCGAGACCUUCCGCGACACGUACCGGCUCUGGCGGCUCUGGUACGGCACAGGGAGGAAACCCUACAACCUGGACGUGACGCAGCUGACCACGGUGUGCGAGGACUUCUCCAACUCCGUGUCCACCGGCCUCAUGCGGCCCCCGUGGCUCAAGGGCAAGUACAUGUUGGUGCGCUACGAGGACCUGGCUCGGAACCCUAUGAAGAAGACCGAGGAGAUCUACGGGUUCCUGGGCAUCCCGCUGGACAGCCACGUGGCCCGCUGGAUCCAGAACAACACGCGGGGCGACCCCACCCUGGGCAAGCACAAAUACGGCACCGUGCGAAACUCGGCAGCCACGGCCGAGAAGUGGCGCUUCCGCCUCUCCUACGACAUCGUGGCCUUUGCCCAGAACGCCUGCCAGCAGGUGCUGGCCCAGCUGGGCUACAAGAUCGCCGCCUCGGAGGAGGAGCUGAAGAACCCCUCGGUCAGCCUGGUGGAGGAGCGGGACUUCCGCCCCUUCUCGUGACCCGGGCGGUGCGGGUGGGGGCGGGAGGCGCACGGUGUCGGUUUUGAUAAAAUGGACCGUUUUUAACUGUUGCCUUAUUAACCCCUCCCUCUCCCACCUCAUCUUCGUGUCCUUCCUGCCCCCAGCUCACCCCACUCCCUUCUGCCCCUUUUUUGUCUCUGAAAUUUGCACUACGUCUUGGACGGGAAUCACUGGGGCAGAGGGCGCGUGAAGUGGGGUCCCGCCCCCCCCCACCCCAUUCAGACACAUGGAUGUUGGGUCUCUGUGCAGACGGUGACAAUGUUUACAAGCACCACAGUUACACAUCCACACACGCACACGGGCACUCGCGAGGCGACUUCUCAAGCUUUUGAAUGGGUGAGUGGUCGGCUAUCUAGUUUUUGCACUGUCUUACUAUUCAAGGUAAGAGGAUACAAACAAGAGGACCACUUGUCUCUAAUUUAUGAAUGGUGUCCAUCCUUUCCCCAUCCCUGCCUCCUGCCCCUGACGCCCAUUUCCCCCCUUAGAGCAGCGAAACUGCCCCCUCCUGCCCGCCCUUGCCUGUCGGUGAGGCAGGUUUUUACUGUGAGGUGAACGUGGACCUGUUUCUGUUUCCAGUCUGUGGUGAUGCUGUCUGUCUGUCUGAGUCUCGUGGCCGCCCCUGGACCAGUGAUGACUGAUGAAUCUUAUGAGCUUCUGAUUGAUCUCGGGGUCCAUCUGUGAUAUUUCUUUGUGCCAAAAAGAAAAAAAAAGAGUGGAUCAGUUUGCUAAAUGAACAUUGAAAUUGAAAUGCUUUAUCUGUGUUUUCUGUAAAUAAAAGAGUGCAAUAAUC